AAACCCAACAUCAGCAGCUUUGAACUUCGCCGCUCUCGGCCUGACAAUUCACGAGUUUGGGCGCUUCAUUUUCGGUCCAGGUGCCGUGACUCACUGGACACCUCCGAGGGAGCAGCACGGAAGGAGAAAGAGAGAGAGAGGGAGAGAGAGAGAGAACGAAAUGAACAAACCUGAGUGUAACAAGAGGUAGUAAAACAAACAUCGAAGUUCACUGACGAACUCAAACCUUUUGCGAUCUCCGAAUCAGCGUGGCUUUUAAAAGAACUAGCUAAACAAGGAAGAAGAUACCUUUGUUCCAUCAGCAAUGAUUUGUUGAAGACUUUUGUGAUUUUGAUGUGUCUAUAGACACCUAUUUUGGGCCCUCGCUUCCUCUCUGACAGGUGAGAGCUGGUCUGUCGCUUUGAAUUCGUGACUGCUCACUUUCCAAAAACAAAACAGCCCCCUCCGCCUCACCGGCACCCCCCCCACCUCUAUUGCCCCCUCCCUCCCUUACCCACCCCCCCUUCCCCCCCACCCCUUGACCCCUCCACCCCACCCCCUCCCCAAACGCCAGCAUGUCCAAACCAGCCGACCACAUUAAGAGGCCGAUGAACGCGUUCAUGGUCUGGUCCCGAGGCCAGAGGAGAAAGAUGGCCCAGGACAAUCCGAAAAUGCACAACUCGGAGAUCAGCAAGAGGCUGGGGGCCGAGUGGAAGCUCCUCUCCGAGGCGGAGAAGCGGCCGUACAUCGACGAAGCCAAGAGGCUCCGGGCUCAGCACAUGAAGGAGCACCCAGACUACAAGUACCGGCCCCGCCGCAAGCCCAAGAACCUGCUGAAGAAGGACAGGUACGUCUUUCCGUUGCCUUACCUGGGCGACGGCGACCACCUGAAAGCCGCGGGACUCUCCAUGUCCGCCGCCGACUCGCUCCUGGGCGCCUCGGACAAAGCCAGAACGUUCCUGCCGCCCACCUCGGCGCCUUACUCGCUGCUCGACCCCAGCCAGUUCGGUUCCAGCGCCAUCCAGAAGAUGACAGACGUGCCCCACAGCCUGGCCACCACCUUGCCCUACGCUUCCAGCCUGGGCUACCAAAGCGGAGCGUUCGGGAGCUUGAGCUGUCCCAGCCAGCACACGCACACCCACCCCUCGCCGACCAACCCCGGCUACGUGGUCCCCUGUAACUGUACCGCCUGGUCCGCCUCCACUUUGCAACCUCCCGUGGCUUACAUACUCUUCCCAGGAAUGACCAAAGGCGGCAUUGACCCUUAUACUUCGGCGCAUGCAGCUGCUAUAUAAAGCCCGCAGCAGAGACAGCAAAAGCAGCGAUCAGAUAGACGCACAUAACACACGACAGAGCAAAAAAAAAACGAACAAACAAAACACGCACCUAAAAAGACUUAUCUUGCGAACUGGAAUUUUACAUUGCAUGUACAACACAAACACAAUCAGAAGAAGAAGAAAUAUAUUAUAUAUAUAUGUAUAUGUGUACAAAGAGACAUUCGAAACACCGAGGCUGGAAGGGGAGUCCGCCGGAACAGUAAAUUGCUCAGAUCUGGGACUGAAUUGUUUCAGAGAAUAAACAACACAGGACACGAGUCCCCCCUGGGUUCCGGGCGUACUUGCAAUGUGCACAACCCAGAGAAAGGCUCCGGUCUUUUUAAAAAAAAACAAAAGCAAGCGCGAACAAAACCUGCUUUUGGUGUGAUAACCUGACAUUGCAUGUACAGCGAACGCUCCUCCAAAACGGAACUUGUUUUUAUUUUCCCCAUUUUGUCUGAUAAGUCUGACUGCGGACUCUAAAGUAAGGCAACUUUGCGACGGAUUCUGAAUCCUGCCUGGGCACCCGCGCGACUUAACGGCGGACGAGCGACUGUGUUGAAUUGUAGAUGUUUCUGUUCGAAACAGCUGCCACUUUUUUUGUGAAAAAAAAGUAGCAGUGCCGGUUUUAUUUAUUAUCAUGUAUAGUGGACUAUAAUACCACGUGUUUUUUUGGUUUAGAACUGAAUUAUUUCAACGUCUUCAUAUUUCCUUUUGCACAUCCGAAAUGAGACUUGUGAUAAAACGUUGUCACUUAGUACUAAGUAGGACUGUCUGCCAAUUUCUACAGGAAUUGAAAUCCCUUUUUAACCAUGUUAUUGGAAAGUGAGGACAGACUUGCCUUAUUAAAGGUAGCUCUCACAAUUGUUUUUUUUUCAUUUCUCGGGGGUGGGGGGGGGAAAUGCCAGUCCUAUCCCCUCUCUCCAACUCCCCAGUCACCCGGUUUUUAAUUUUCGACCGAGUCUGAGACGUGAAAUUGCUACUCCUAGUUAUUCUGUUCAGAAAUGCAGAUUUAAAUAUGUUUCAAAGGGGAGGGGGGGGAGGAAAAUGAUGUCUCGAAAACAAGUUGUAUCCAGAAGGAUUUUACCUCGUACUCUGUUCAAUUGUUGAACAAAGGUCAUGUUUUAAAUAAAGACAAGAUGUCUACACACACACACAAAAAA